UGACAUAAUUUUAACACAACAAAAAUGUAAUUUUAUAAAUUUCAACAGUUUAUUUAGUUUUUCGAUGCUAAAUUCUAGUUUUACGCGAUGAAGCUAUUCAGAUUUAUUCAAAGAUUGGUCCCGUUGAGUUACCAAGUCAGAUUUUAUAAAUGUAAACCACAAUCUUCAAAACCCCGUCACCUGAUCUGCUUCAAGCAAUGGACGGCUAGCAUGGUAAUGGACAUCAUCACGAGCGCCCUCAACCUGAAGUGCCGACACGUGGACACACAUGGGAAACGACUGGAUGUCCUGACGAACUGCAAGGUGAUGAUACUCCAGGAGGUGAACGAGCCGAUCCUGAACAUGGCCGUGUCGAAGGCGGCUACGUUUCUGGGCGCUUUUGACGUCAACAUCAUCGACCAUCUGGUUUGGGACAAAGAUUACUUUGGAAAGGUGUUCUCCAUGAUGACGGACGUGAUAUUCGUGGCGACGGCGACGCAUAUGUGCGUGCAGCGGUUUGCCGACCAGGCAACCGUACCUGUGUUGUGUAUGCGCUCGCGCACGCAUGCCAGCAUACAAGCGCUGGCGACUGUGAUGGCUAUCAUUGAAGAAUUUGGCACAAUGAAGUCGCUCAACGUUGCUUACAUAGGAGCGCCACAUCCAGUUCUGAACUCGUACCUGCUUCUGUGCCCGAUGUUGGGAGCCAAUAUCAGAUACAAGUGCUGCUGCAAGGAGACAGGAGGUAUCUGCCCCCUCCUCCACAAAGCGAGCGAAGACCUCACGGCCCAGACUCGCACGGAGUGCCGGGAGUGCGAGUCCUCUCAGCAAGUGCUGUGCAACACAUCCGUGAUCAUAUCAGGGCCUACGUCUUGCAAGAAGGAGGCGGCUAAGGGCUACAAGAUUAAUUUGAGGGACAUCGAAAAGUCAACGCCCUGUGAAUGGAUAUUCUUCCACACCUGUCCUCGUGGGGACGAGUGCGACGAUGACCUGUUCAACCAUUGUAACUCUCGGACGUUCAAGUCGUUCCAGAACAUGCACUAUAUCACAGCUGCGUUGAUGGCAAACGCUGUUAAGGGACUAAAGUUUUAACAUUUGACGUCAAAAUAAAAAUGUGUUGUUGUAAAAUUUGUUUUACUAUAAUACAUUAUGAACUAGAGCUAUCUACAAACAUUAUAAUUAUUAUUUUAUUGUAUAUAGGUUACAUGUUUAAAUGCUAACAGGAUAUUUUUUGUACUUCUUAAAAUCAAUUUCUGAAUGAACUUACAAAACAAUGUUUUUGUUUAAAGGGGUGAAACACAAGAUAAUUUUACAUGAUAUCCAUUAAAAGAGUUAACAAAAGAGCUAUUAAGCAAGUAAAUAAGUGCAUAACAAUAAUAAACAAAAUGCAGUUUCAUAUUUUGCUCCACUCACAGUAAGUCACAUGAAUUAUAUUUUUUAUAGGUAAUGAAAAACAA